GCUGCCCCGCCGCCCGCCCUGCUGCCCCACGUGCUGUUUAUCCGCAGAGUCCCAAGCCGGCUUGGCCGAUGCUCCCAGCUGCUUCGGAUGCCAGCAGGAUCAAUGCAGCUCCUAUCUUUGGCUCACACGGAAAAUGACAAGGGGCCAUUGUUUCCGCUGCCAGCCUCGGGGCCCUGGCUCCCGGCAUCGCCCACGGGCCUGGGGCGAGCUCUGCCUCUCCUCCAGGCAGAGGAAGCCGGGGCUGGUUUCACCAGGGGGAAUCAGGAAAGAUGCCGGGAGGUGUGACUGCGUGGCUCUCUGCAGCCCGGCACACACAGGCGACGGGAGCCCCGCCGCCUUGCUGCAGGCCUGCUGGUGUGGGCGAAGAUGAAGGAUGCCUUCCUCCACAGUGCAUCGAGCCACUUGGCCCCCUGCAGAAACCCCUUCGCUGGAGAGAGCAGCGCUCGGUGAGCUCAGCGUGCCCCAGCUGCGAGCAGAGAUAAGCCUGGCACGCUGAUGGCCCCCCUGGUGCAGGAAGGGCCGCUGCACGGGGACGUGCCCUCUCCCGGGGGCAAGCUGCAUGCUCACCUGCCUCUGUCGGCCGGUGCCCCUGUAGUGAGCUCAUUUCCUACAAUUAAGGCUCCUCGUAUGCCCUAACUCGCACAUUUGCUUUUAUUCCUGCAGUGCUUGUGAACCCCAAUCAUGGGACAAGAUUCAGCCUAGGCACUGUCCUUACAGGACAAGAGCUGCCUCUGAGAGCUUGCGACUUAAAUACAGGCUCCUGGCUCAGCGGCACGUCAGCCUUGCUGCCAGCACCGCCGGUCCCUUGUGCAGCGCCCUGGCCCGCUUCCCCUCAGCUUCCUUGCUGGGCCGGGGAGCAGCACUUGCUCCGUGCGACAGCCCAGGCUGUAAAUGUCUCCUCCAAUCCCACACUGGAUCAGCAGCGGAGCACCUGCUCUCUCCAGCCGCGGGGCCGUGGACUCAGGGCAGUCUCUGGUUUCAGGGUACAAGGAGCUUCGUGCUCAGCACCCCAGCUCAGCUUUUCUCCACGAGAAAAAAGGACUAAGGCUCCCAGUUCAGGAAAGCUGGACCUAUGCCAGCUUCAGCGCCCCAGCUAAGGGACGGUCUCUGCCCCGGGCACUUCUCCAGAUCUCACCCCACAGUGCUGCAGUCCAGGACAGGGUGGAUGGCCAUCUCUCAGAAGCACGGUCUGGGCUGUGCAGGUGCCAGUAGUGGGAUCCGGAUCCUGUCUAGCGCAGUUUAACUACCUGCAGGGCUUCAGCACACGCAGGGACAAAAGGCUCGUGCCUCCGCUCGGCUCCAGGGCAAACCAGGCUCCUUUGCGUAGGGCACAGGAAGGGUUGGCAGCAGUGCCAGGAUCCAGCCGGCUCUCUCCCGCUCCACGGCCUCCCCCAUCUCGCCCCCACACCCUGCUCAAGGAGGGGAUCCCGGGAAGGCGCAGGAUUUUCCCCGGGCGCCCCGGCCUGCGGCAGCGCCUGGCCUGCCCGCAGGAAUGCAGCAAGGAGCUUCCCUCGUCACCCUGGCGAGGCGUCCCGGGGCCUGUGCACGCAGCUAUUUUGGUCCGUCUUUUUAUCACACACUCCUCCCUGUGGAAUUCACCCCGUUAAAGCCUUGCGAUCUGCAGCCUUCGCUCGCAGAGGCAGCGAGCGCUCGGAAGCUCCCCGUCCCCGAGGCGCCAUGGCCGCACGCACCGUCCCCCACGCCUACCCCAUGAGCUCGGAGUACGAGUUUGCCAGCCCCAGCAAGAUCUACGACCAGAACUUCGGGGAAGGUGUGUCCCCGUGCGAGAUUUUAGCCCCUGCCCUGUACCAUGGUUACUACAUCAGGCCGCGGAUCAACAAGCAGCUGGAUCGCGGCACCUCCGAGAUCAGCCUCAACGACCACAAAUUCCAGGUGUUCCUGGACGUCUGCCACUUCCUGCCGGAUGAGCUCACCGUCCGCACCGUGGACAACCUCCUGGAGGUGGUGGGGCAGCACCCGCAGAAGUCCGACCGCCACGGCUUCAUCUCCCGCGAGUUCACCAGGACCUACAUCCUGCCGCUGGACGUCGACCCCUUGCUGGUGAGAGCCACCUUGUCCCACGACGGCAUCCUAAGCAUUGUGGCUCCCCGGACCGGGAAGGAGGUGAAGGCCAGAGUCAACGAGGUGAAGAUAGUGCAGCAGCAGCAGCCGCAGGGGAAGGAAGAACAGCCCAAGGAAGGGAAAGAGAAGGAAGAGUCCUAAGGCCCCGAGCCGGGCUGGAGCAGGGGGUGGGGGGGACGUCCCGGUGCCAGACCCCUGUUUCUCACCACCAGUGCUUGGCAGGGCUGGGAGAGCGGAGAGGGGCACGUGCCAGGCUCCUGCUUCCGAAGGCUGCUGGUUGGAAAAAGGGGCUAGGGACUGAAAAAAGAGGGGGCUGAAGUGUUAGGGUGAGGAACUGUAAUGUACGUUUUCUCCGAAGUCAAGUGCCCACUGAGCACCGCGCAGGGGGCCCUUCGCCCAUCCAGGAUUGCAAGGGUCACUCUUAGCCCAGAGAGCCAGGCAGUGUCGCAGCAGGCUUCACAGCCGCGCUCCAGCCGGGAAGGAGCUGCUUCCCAGGGCGCCGGGGAGAGGGAAGGGAGGAUCCCGGUGCCUCGCUUCUGAGCCGGCGGCUGACCGCUGCGGAGAGCGCUGCAGAGCGAAGGUGCCUGCUGACCUGUAAAGGUGCCUGCAGCUCUCGGGAGGAAAGAGGAAUAAAUCUGACUCUGAUCUUC